AUGCGCCGGGUCUUGGGUCGGGCGCGUUUCUCAGAGUUGGUGCGGUUGCUGGCCCUUGGGGUGGGAGACGAGCUGUGGGAGGUUCAUCGGGAGCUGUUGCGUGGCAUGGGCACGGGUUCCCGGCUCGGCGGUUUGGAGUUACGGACUGCUUUGGCGGAAUACGUGAUCUGGGCCGACCGGCAGUGGUGGGAGUUUUGUGGAGGUGUGGCGCGGGGUAUUCCUGUCGCGUCUGUGCCUUUUUCCCACUGGACGGUCUGGACGGUGCUGGGUCUGCUGACCCUCCGGUGGUGGUGCCCGACCUGA